AUGGACAAGACCCAAGAGCCCCCGGCCAUGACCGUCCACCUGCUGGCCAGCUCCGGGCAGGGUGCGCUCCUGCAGCAAGCGCUGGACCAGCUCCUGGGCUGCCUGUGCCCAGAGGCCCGUCUCUUUAUGGUGUCGGAGCGGGCCAGUCCCGUGAGCAGCUAUGACAGGGGCCACCCCAAGCGCUCCCGGUUCCCGGGGAUGUCCGUUCUGCUCUUCCUGCACCAGAGCCCGGGAGAGGAGCGGCUGUUUCGAGUCCUCCACUCCCUGCGGCAGUGGCCCUGGCAGAGCCUUCCCGCCCUGAGCCUGCAGGGAAGCCCGUGCCCCCACAGCCUGGCCCGCCAGGAGUUCUUCACUCUGGACAACCACAUGCCCGUCUGGGGCGUGAGGCCGGUGCACGGCGGCCCCGAGGUCCUGCGGGUGACGCUCUACUGCACCUUCGACAACUACGAGGACGCCAUCGGCCUCUACGAGAUGAUCCUGCAGAGGGAGGCCGCCCCGCAGAAGAGCAACUUCUGUCUCUUCGUGCUCUACGCCGCCGAGAGCUUCGCCCUGCAGCUGUCCCUGAAGCAGCUGCCCCUUGGGAUGUCGGUGGACCCCAAAGAGUCGUCGGUGCUGCAGUUCAAGGUUCAAGAGAUUGGCCAGCUAGUGCCUCUCCUCCCCCACCCGUGCGUCCCCAUCAGCCGCACCAGGUGGCAAACGCAGGACUACGACGGCAACAAGAUUCUGCUCCAGAUCCAAUCGACUCCAGGACUUGGUGUGAGGAACAGUGAGCUUUCCUUUCUGAAUGGCAACCCCGGGGCUGAUGUGCUUCCCCAGGGACCCAGGGCGGCCCCUGUCUCCACAAGGUGGACCCUGGAGCUGCGAAAGCGAAGGAGCAGGGGCAGGCGGUACAAAGCCGCUUCUCUGGAAUUCCCCAAGUCCAGUGGGAGCCCAGCGUCCAACAGCUCUCAUGGCACCUUGUGGCGAAAACCUGGCUGCUCAUCCCAGGUCAGCAGCCCAGCUACAGAUGCCCAAAUGCCUCUGUGUUCUUCCCACCUCGAACCCAGGGCCAGAAUGAAGGUCUUUGGUCAGGAAAAUGGCUUUGAGAAGCUGGAGGCAGAGACCAAUGUGGACACAGGGCGCACCGUGGUCAACUCUGAAUUCAGUCAAUCGUUUCUGAGCAGGUUUCCGAGGGAUCUGCAGACCAGCCAGCCACCACCAGCCUCCACCUUAGGGGCAGCAGCCUCCAAAAACAACAAAAACUUGAAGGAAAGCAUCCAUCCUUUGUCACUUGCUGGCAAAAGGGACCUUGAUGCAAGGAAGAUAAUCUCAAAAUGUCUUCAUCUGCCAGUUCAGGGUGAAGAAAAAGGAGAAGACGAAUUCUUUAUAUAG